AUGGCACAUGCAUUUGACAACCGAAACUUUAUUCCUGGAAAACAACAAACGUUCUAUUCACUCGUGUCACCAUCGUCACGUCCAGAUGUAACCAAUGUUCUCUGGGAAGCUUCAUCUUCACCAUCGCCGAGAAUCUCGUCAGCAUCACCGCAAGCUUCACCGAAACCAAAUCAUCCUCCACCAUCUUACGAAGAAAGUAUUUUCACUAAAGCCUUAGCUAAUCGUCAUAAUUCACGAUCUUCACUCAACUCACCAUCAAUUCGGUACUGUCCAAAUCAACAACAAAAUAGUCCAAUACCAGCAUCAUAUGUAUCGUAUUCUUUACCGGCAACACCAAAUGAGACAACACAUUCGCAACGACAUCACCAUCAACAAUCUACCGCAGACGGAUAUCAUCCACUUCCCUCACCUCAUCGAAGUUCCGACACAAAACCUCCACCACCCAUGCGCAUGCCUAAAGCUCCAUCAACAACCAAUACGUCUGUUCAGCAUGCAAACGUCCCUCCUCCUCAAUACUCCCCAAGUGGAAUGAAAACAAGUACAACAUAUCUGAAUACAACUCAAUUAUAUAUCAAUCAAACUUCACCGCCACCUCCACCACCUCGCUAUCCACUUCAGCCACCAGCGAUUCCUCCACGAGGUUCACCUCUAUGUUCUCAGACAAAUUCCAAGACUACCCCAGAUUUUCGUUCUCUUGCUUCGCCUAAGCCAGCUAGUCAAACAAUUUAUCAUUCGCCAGUUAUUUCGUCGAUCUCCAAACGAAAUGAUCUUCCACUCGAACGACAAUUCAAUUCUCUCUCCAUCAAUAAUACUCAUCUCCAUGAGACAAACAAUGGUUCCAAUCGGCGAGAAUACUCCAUUGGUCAUUGUCAAAAGUGUCACGGAACAAUUCUGAACACAGAUGACUUUUGUGAUAUGCGUAAUCAAAUGUAUCAUAGUUCAUGUGCUGCUUGUGUCGUUUGCGGACGGUCCGUGAAAGACAAACACUAUUUCGUUAAGGAUCAAUUGUACUGUGAAGAAGAUUUCUUGUAUACAGGUUUUCAUCAAACACUUGAACAUUGCAUAGCUUGCGGUCAUCUAAUAACCGAUACAGUUUUACAAGCACUUGGUCAAUCUUAUCAUCUGUCCUGCUUUAAAUGUUCGAAAUGCGCAAUAUGCUUAGACGGUGUGCCAUUCAUAACGGAUAAAAAUAAAAAUCUGUUCUGUCUACAUGAUUAUCAUUUAACUUAUGGACCACGAUGUGAUAAAUGUUCCAAUCCAAUCUGUCCUGAAGAUGGCUCCAAUGAAACCGUGCGAAUUAUCUCCAUGGGUAAGACAUUUCACGUUCAAUGUUAUCAAUGUGAAGAUUGCUCGUUACAAUUGAAUGACGAACCAGAUCGUCGUUGUUACCCAUUGGGUGAUGUUUUACUCUGUCAAGCAUGUUGCCGUCGACGUCUUGCAUCUGCUAACCGCAACUGA